UGAGGAUGUUUUUCUUGCUCUAUUUUUUACCUCUGGAAAAAUGAACGAUUGAACGUUGAUUAAAACGUGCACUGCAAGAGGUCUAGAAAGCGCAAUUUGUCAGAGUACGCGCGGUGUCUGCCUACCUCCUCGCGUGCACGCAUGUCUGCUCAUCUGCGGGCACUGAAGGUACAAGGACCUGCCUUCCAGAAACCUUAACGCAUAUAUCUCCUCUCCCUUCAUCAUGUUGUUGCCAUAGUUUGGAGCUUCCUAUUGUCUUUUGUUGUUUCCCGCUGAAGCCUUAGAGUUGACCGGUGCCAGGAGGAGGAGAAGAAGGAGGAGGACUCGAGAAAAAAAAAAAGAACUCGCAGAAAAACAGAAGAAUGCUACACUGGAUGGACUGCUGCUCAUUUACUAUAUCUACCCUGAUUUCUUUUUUUAUUUUACAUUAAGCAAAGAGCUUUUAAACAGUCGGGCUGCAGUAGUACGACACAUUUCAGCUGAUUCUCCUCAAUGCACGAGUGCUAGAGAAGAAAGACGAAAAACGGAGGAACAUUACGAGUCGGGGAUCAUCACCUAAGACCCAGUAGAUUCCUCGUCCUGCGGGGUCUCACCCUAAAACCAGAGGGAAAAUGUCAUCUACUAAAUACAAGAAGGAUAAGGAGAUCAUAGCGGAUUAUGAGACCCAAGUGAAAGAGAUCCGUAACCAGCUGGUGGAGCAGUUCAAAUGCUUGGAGCAGCAGUCUGAUUCUCGCAUCCAGCUGCUGCAGGACCUGCAGGAGUUCUUCCGCCGCAAAGCAGAGAUUGAGCUGGAAUACUCCCGUAGCUUAGAGAAACUGGCCGAGAGGUUCUCCUCCAAGAUUCGAAGCUCCAGGGAGCACCAACAGUUCAAGAAGGACCAACACCUGCUAUCCUCAGUAAACUGCUGGUACCUGGUACUGAACCAGACAAGGAGGGAGAGCCGAGAUCACGCCACCCUCAGCGAAAUCUACACCAAUAACGUCAUUGUCCGCUUGGCCCAGAUCUGCGAGGAUGUCAUCCGCCUGUUUAAGAAGAGUAAGGACAUCGGGAUCCAGAUGCAUGAAGAGUUGGUGAAGGUGACGAAUGAACUCUACACUGUGAUGAAAACGUAUCACAUGUACCACACUGAGAGCAUCAGCGCAGAGAGCAAGCUGAAGGAUGCUGAGAAGCAGGAGGAGAAGCAGUUCAGCAAGUCUGGAGAUCUCAACGUGAACCUCCUGCGCCACGAGGACCGCCAGCCGAGGCGCAGUUUCGUCAGGAAAAUAGAGAAGAUGAAAGAGAAGAGGCAAGCCAAGUACUCAGAGAAUAAGCUGAAAUGCACAAAAGCACGGAACGACUAUUUAUUGAACCUGGCGGCGACAAAUGCAGUCGUGGCAAAAUAUUACAUCCAUGACGUCUCUGAUAUGAUUGAUUGCUGUGACCUUGGCUACCACGCUAGCUUGGCACGCACCUUUAGGACCUAUCUAUCUGCUGAAUACAACCUGGAGACAUCACGCCACGAGGGACUGGAUAUCAUCGAGAAUGCAGUGGACAACCUUGAUUCCCGCAGUGACAAGCACAAGAUCAUGGAUAUGCAUAACCAGGUGUUCUGCCCUCCGAUGCGCUUUGAGUACUUGCCACAUAUGGGAGAUGAGGUGUGCCAGGUGAGCGCUCAGCAGCCCGUCCAGACUGAGCUCCUGAUGCGCUACCACCAACUGCAGUCUCGCCUAGCUACUCUAAAGAUUGAGAAUGAGGAGGUGAGAAAGACCUUGGAUGCAACCAUGCAAACCCUGCAGGACAUGCUGACAGUGGAGGAUUUUGACGUGUCGGAUGCUUUCCAGCACAGCCGCUCCACUGAGUCCAUCAAGUCUGUGGCCUCUGAGUCCUACAUGAGCAAGAUGAAUGUUGCCAAGAGGAGGUCGAACCAACAGGAGACUGAAACCUUCUACUUCUCAAAAUUCAAGGAGUUCCUGAACGGCAGUAACCUCAUCAUCAAGCUGCAGGCCAAACAUGACCUCCUGAAGCAGACACUGGGUGAAGGGGAACGGGCUGAGUGUGGAACUACAAGGCCCCCCACUCUUCCCCCUAAACCACAGAAAAUGCGGAAGUCUAGGCCACGCUCCUUGUAUAACCAUAAGCUGUUUAACGGCAAUAUGGAGACCUUCAUCAAGGAUUCAGGUCAACCCAUCCCACUUGUUGUUGAAAGCUGUGUCAGAUACAUCAAUCUAUACGGCCUGCAGCAGCAGGGCAUAUUUCGCGUGCCGGGAUCACAGGUGGAAGUCAAUGAUAUUAAAAACUCAUUUGAGAGGGGUGAAGACCCCUUGAUCGAUGACCAGAAUGACCAUGAUAUCAACUCAGUAGCCGGUGUGCUGAAGCUGUACUUCAGAGGACUUGAGAACCCCAUCUUCCCAAAAGAGCGCUUCCUGGACUUCAUCUCCACCAUCAAGCUGGAAUCUGGAGCUGAGAGGGCGCAUCACAUCCAGCAGAUUGUCGUGACUCUUCCUCGCACCAUCAUCAUCGUCAUGAGAUACCUUUUUGCUUUUCUCAAUCAUCUCUCCCAGUACAGUGACGAGAACAUGAUGGAUUCCUACAAUUUAGCGAUCUGCUUUGGUCCAACCCUGAUGCCCAUCCCAGAUGGACAGGAUCCUGUUUCAUGCCAGGCUCAUGUAAACGAGGUCAUCAAGACCAUCAUCAUCCACACUGAGCUCAUCUUCCCCAGCCUACGUGAGCUGGACGGCCCGGUGUAUGAAAAGUGCAUGACUGGAGGAGAGGAGUACUGUGACAGCCCCCAUAGUGAACCAGGGACUAUAGAUGAGGCUGAUAAUGGAACUGAACCCCACACCAGUGAUGAAGAGGUGGAACAAAUCGAGGCCAUUGCGAAGUUCGACUAUGUUGGUCGCACUCCCAGAGAGCUGUCAUUCAAGAAAGGAGCGUCCCUGCUUCUGUACCACAGAGCGUCUGAGGACUGGUGGGAGGGACGUCACAAUGGUGUGGACGGCCUCAUCCCACAUCAGUAUAUUGUAGUGCAAGAUCUGGAUGAUGCUUUCUCAGAUAACCUCAGUCAGAAAGCAGACAGUGAAGCCAGCAGCGGUCCGCUACUGGAUGAUAAGGGUUCAUCCAAAAAUGAUGCUCCGUCCCCAUGUGAACCAUCACCUGACUACAACUUUGGAGGAGUCAUGGGAAGGGUCAGACUAAGGUCUGAUGGAGCUGCAAUCCCUCGUCAUAGAGGUGGUGCAGACACUCACAGCCCCACCAGAGUAGCCGACACGCCUCCACGGGCUGCAGCCUGUCCCAGCAGCCCUCACAAGGUGUCCAUCAGCAAAGCUCGAAUGGAGAGUCCAGAAAAGAGGCGUCUCGGUACAUUUGGCAGUGCUGGAAGCAUCAACUACCCAGAUCGAAAAGCUUACCCUGAGGGUCACCCUUUGAGGCCGGUGACAGGGGCCACCCGACACAGCAGCCUCGGGGACCACAAAUCAUUGGAGACUGAAACUCUGGCCGAGGACAUAGAAAAGACUAUGACCACAGCUCUGCAUGAGCUGCGUGAGCUGGAGCGACAGAACACGGUUAAACAGGCUCCCGACGUGGUCUUGGACACUUUGGAGCCCAUGAAGAACCCUGUCAGCUCUGAGCCUGGCAGCCCUCUACACACCAUCAUGAUCCGAGACCCAGAUGCAGCCAUGCGCCGCAGCAGCAGUUCCACCUCAGAGAUGAUGACCACGUUCAAACCCGCUCUCUCUGCCCGCCUGGCUGGCACUCAGCUACGCCCUCCACCCAUGAGGCCGGUGCGCCCUCCUCCCACCCAACACCGCUCCAGCAGCUCCAGCUCAUCAGGAGUCGGCAGCCCUGCUGUAACUCCCACUGAGAAGAUGUUUCCAAGUAACAACACAGCCGCUGGUUCUAAUAUGAACACAUCUGGUGAUGCUGGUGAUAAGUCUGGUACCAUGUAGCGAAGGUGGAAUCUGACAGUUGGGAAGGUUGUAAAACUUUCCACGUAAGGGGAAAGCUUAAAGAUGGAGUGUUGAUGUGAAAAAAUAGCAGAUUGUCAUUUCCUCUGUGUUUUCUGCCUGACUUGCGGGUAUAAGUGUGUUACCUUGGUGAUAAAAGGGUGGAAGAAGCUGCAGAGGUGUGAUAGCGUAAAGCUCUUUGAAACUUGAUUUAACUAGAGUGUGUCCAUGAACACAGGUAUUUCAGUUUACCUCAGUAACACAGAUAACAGUGAAUGCAAGUGAAGCAAUACUUGUGUGCAAUCUGGUUUCCACCCAGCACACGUCGUCCAGCUGUCUAUGAGUAUGAAACGAACAUCUGGAUGGGCAUGUGCAAGCAUUCAGGAAAAAUACAAUGUCUGUCUGUAACAGACUUUAUGACUGUACAUACAAUCUUACUUGAAGUCGCCAUACUUACUUUUUGUAUUAUAAUACAUUGGAUGUCCAUUAAAGUAUCAACUAAGUGACAUUGUAUCCCUCUGCAUGCAGGGAGAUAAUAAGGAAAUCAUGAAAAACUUGCAUCAGUUGAGAAAUUUGGAAUUAAAUUUCAGUCAGUCAAAUAUUUGACAGUAUUAUAAUGUGAGAGACUUUUGGUCUCAUAAAUAGUCUACACAAAAUCCACUGCAAAACUAAAAUAAGCAUGAUCUCAGUUAACUUAAACAUUACUGAUCAGGACUUUAUAAAACACGUCAUCUUGCACCAUUAUGAGCAGCAGGACAGUAAGCAGUGCUGUCUCUGUGUCCUUUUCUAUGUCCUGUAUAAAAAUGCAGAAAACUAAUGCACCAACUAAUGUAGAAAAUCCUGUGGUAAACAUGUAAAUAAUAUAUAGCUAGUUCUUUUUUUAAGUGUUAAUUUUGUACAGUACAAAAAAAAAAGUAAAAGGGAUGGCUGUGGAAUUGAUUUGUUAAGAUCAUACACCUCCUUUUGUAUCAUCUUCAGUGAACUGCAAACACGUUCUUUGUCUGUGGAAAAAAAAAAAGAAUUCAAAUAAUUUAACUUGUGCUGUGUGUGCUUAGAAUGCAUCUGAUAACUGUUAUAGAGAAAUUGACCACUGACUAACAGACAACAAAGACUGUUUUUUUUGGUUUGUUUGUUGGCAUCAUGUUUUGACACACAAAGUGUUCAAUUGGAAGCUAGAACUGUUUCCUCUUCAAGUUUUAUCUGGGUACUUUCAUUGCAAAAGAUGCAUUGAAUUGUACCCUUUUACAGCUCCUCUUUCAAAAUGAAAAUGUGAUACACACCCAGAGGAACCUGAGAAGCAGACAGUGUGACAUCCUGUUCUCACAUCUGUUUCCUAUCUUCCUGCCUUUUCUUGUCUGUAUUGAUAGAUAAAGUUAUUGCAUACCAUUUCUUGUUUUCUGUGGUAGAAAACUUAAAAGAGAACAUUUCAGUGUUUUUAUUUACUUUACCUCUCUUGUCAUUCUGACAGCUCUCAUCCAGAGACCUUGUUAUCCGCAUCCCAAAGAGCCUGCUCUUUUCUGCAUGUUUUGCGCUGUAACGUCUGACUCAUCCUCUGGGGCAGUUAAUGGCUGUAUGCAGUGCCUUGCCUGGGUAAAACGCACAAAUUAUUGCAAUUAUGGAUGUUUUUUGCCUCAAGGAAUAGGCCUUAACAUUUACAGGGAUUGGGAAUGAUGAUUUCUGCUGCUUGCUGCAGUUACUCAAACACAAAGAAUGAAAGAGAAAACUGCUAGAUUGAGCAAAAGAUACUCACUUAUUAGCAUGUAAACCAAGCUCUGAUUCCUCUUUAACUCUGCAGCCAUUCUGUGCUUUCUGCAGUAAUAAUCAGAUACAUGAUUGCUUGUUACUGACAGAUCUAUAAAUGUCCAGGGUGGGAAGGGAGGAUUCUAAAGAAUGGAAAGUUAUGCAAACAGAAAAACAGGCAAAAACAGCAUUUAAUGUCAUACAGUGCGCUUACACCCUCUGCUGGUUCCUGCUGGCAUUGCCUCUUGAUAACAUCAGCUCACAUGGGCAGUGCUAGUAUGAUGUGCAGCUCAUUUUACAAUCACUGAGCUUAUUCAUAUAUUUCUAUUUGUCUUUCCUGUUAACAGUUUUGCACCUGUUGAAAUCUAUGAAGAUAAUGUUAGAAAAAAAAGCAUAUGUGUAUUCAAAUGCAAAAGAAAGCACAGAAGUUAAAAAGGUGGACUUACAUCAUAUUUAAUUAACUAGACUGUUUGUUUUUUUAUUUAUAGACACUUGCAUAAGUGGAGCAGAAAUUUUGAGUGCCUUUUGUGCACAGCAUCAUUUUUUAUUGGACUUUUAUAUUUACUUUUUUUUACUGUGAUAUGUUGUCUGUUAGUUGUCAUGUUUAUUAUAAACUGAUGUUGCUUUUUUUAAUCUUUACUUCUUGCUACUCGUGGAAAACCAUCAUAAGGGAGACAUUGUGUAAAGUUAUUCCUCUGGUGAAUUACAGAGGAAAUCAUCAUGAAAAGCUUGUCUGUGCUUGAGUGACCCCGAAGAAUUAAAGAAAUGAAAACUACUGUAUACAUGAUCUACUGGGAAAGGUUCAGUAGAAUUAUCUCAGACUAUUUCCUUUCAUCUUUUCGUUCUGUGUGAAACGCCUGUGCUGUGGUUGAGCCGUAACUCCUGUAAAAUCAAAGUCAUUGCAGAAAUGUUGGAAAAAGCAGAACUCUUAUAAACCCUCUUCCUGCGGGGGUAGUAAUGAAGCACUCGAUGCUCUUUUGUUUUCCCUACAUGUGAUGUUACAUGGACAUUUUCUCUCUAGGAAUGUAUGCUGAAAUGGAUAACACUGUUGGACAUUAAGUUAAUAUUCAAAAUAGACAUUACAGUGGGAGAGCAGCCUGUGGGGAGUGAGGUGUGAGUAGCUGUCACACUGUUAAACUUCUCUUUAGUUGUUUGUCUAGUGAUGCUGUUUGUGGAUGAGUGUCUGGAUGUUUGAAACCCUGUGAUGUAAUGUACACCAUACCACUGACUGGUUGUUGAAAAACCUUGAGUCCAAAUAAACCAGUAGUGCUCUGUGAAAUAUGA